AUGCUCGAUGAUAGCAAUAAACAUUUGCUGGGGUUGUCGUACGAACUGUGUAGUAACAACUUUGUUGAUGGAGGUGAUGACAAUUCAGCGACUGAGCGAGAUGGGAUGCCAGAGGCAACAAAAAAGUGGAGUCGUGUUUGGCGCGACUGGACGGUGUUGGAUGAAUCCAAGUCAGACUGUUCGAAGAUCUAUGGCAAAGACAAAACACUUCCAAUUGAGGGUAAGGAAAUUCGCCAAAAAACUGCCAAUUUUGAGGGUUGA